AGGGAGCUGAAAAACAAGAAUAUAAGGUCAGAAAAUACUAAAAAGGAACAAGAGAGAAUUUCAAAAGCAAACAGUCGGAUAGAUUCAUUGGGUUCCUGUUUGCUUGCACUCUCAAGGUUCCCACUGUGAUACUGAUGUAAAAUUCAUGACUUUACCUAAAACUUUUUGUCCUUCCAUAUAUCUGGAUAAGUUUCUUACUUCCUCUAUGAAUUUGUGAGAUUUGUAUGUUUCUAGACUCAACUGCUCCAGCUGAAAGCAGAAACCAAAAGGACUGAAUCCGGUGCCAAAGGAAGUUAAACAGUGAGAAACCGUGAGGACACUCGCAAAUAUUUGCCCGAAGACACGAACCUCCGUUCAGACAUACGGGAGAACAGAGAGCUGGAGAGAGAAACGAGAGCAUCGGCGUUGAGAGGACACUCGCACCUGUACCCGCUGGCUGUGUUAAUGCACUUGCCGACUGUGCACGGAGCCGACAAACAUUCGUCUACAUCCUCGUCGCAGAGGUGGCCCUGCUUACCCUCAGGACAUACACACAGAGUGGUUAAGCGACAGGUCAGAGCAUGCUGGGAAACGUAGAUAUCCGCUCCUUUGAUCUACUAAUGGAGGCAAACAGGACCACAGUUGGACGGCUACCACAACAGACUACUAUGACUGCCACAGGAGGAGACACACAGUUGUUUGUACCUUGGGUUACGGACCAGGUGAAUUUGGAGGUGUCCGGGUCACAGAGGAGGCAAGGGCUGCUGGGAUUGGCGUCUCCCUCUGUGAAACACAUCCCGUCGAUGUUGCAUGUCCUCUCCUGGCAACCACAGACAGAAGGUCUGACCUGGGUCUUGGACGCUCAGAGCCAGGGGAACUCCACACUGGUGACCAUGGUCGGGGCCGUAGCAGGGAACAGGCACUGUGCUGUGGACGGUCACCUCAUGCUCCUUACUGUUCUCUGCUAUGUGGAGCAAGUCUGGAGAAAACUGAAGAGAAAGAGGGAAAAGAGACUCUCGAGAACCUCCUGAAAACCUCCCUGCUCUGAGACCGCGGCGGUGGCGGUUCCUCGCUCUUCGCGGGAGGGGAGGCAUUAUCUGCCGCCUCCUUUGAUGCCCUGAGAAACGACAGAGGGGGACGUUUCAGUCCUGCCUCCUGAGCGCUUCCAGAUGUCACACAUCCUCCUUUUACUGUUCCAACGCUGUUUGAUGCUGUGUGCCUGGAUAAUAUGACCUUCAGCCGGAGUGGAGGCGGCAGCUAACCUGAUGAAAUGAAAGCAGACGGCUUAGCGAACUGUGAGGAGGAAUAAUGAGGAAGAAGAAAAGAAGAAAAAGAGGCCGGCAGCCUCCCCGACCCGCAGUAAUGGACCCGUUUGACGGCUCAACUCCGAGCGACACCUUGAAGCGAGUUGCCACCCUGCUGGGCUGCAGUCCGACCUCUGCAGAAGUGGCUGCAUACCUCGACAAACAUGACAAGCUGAGUCAUCUGAGGGAGCAGUUCCUGGUGCCCAAAAUCUCAGAUUUACCUCCUUCUGAUCUCUCGCUGGUCGACGGCGAGCAGGAAUGCAUCUACCUUGUGGGAAACUCGUUGGGGCUUCAGCCCAAAAUGGCCAGGAAGUACCUGGAGGAGGAGCUGGAGAAGUGGGCCAAAACAGGCGUUCAUGGUCACACAGAAGGCUGUCGACCUUGGGCGUGGGCUGAGAACAACAUAGAGGAACUCAUGGCUAAUGUUGUAGGAGCCAAACCUGAGGAGGUGGCCCUGAUGAACGGCCUGACGGUGAAUUUACACCUCCUGAUGCUCUCCUUCUACAGACCAACAGCAGCUCGGCACAAAAUCCUUCUGGAGAGCAAGGCCUUUCCUUCGGACCACUACGCUGUGGAGUCUCAGAUCCGGCUGCGAGGAUUCGACCCCGAGGAGAGCAUGCUGCUGCUGAAACCCAGACCGGGUGAAGAGACUCUGAGAACUGCAGAUAUCCUCAGAGUGAUCGAGCAGGAGGGCGACUCCAUCGCCGUGGUGAUGCUCAGCGGGGUUCAGUAUUACACUGGGCAGCUGUUUGACAUGGCCGCCAUCACUGAGGCUGGCCAGAGGAAGGGAUGCUGCGUGGGGUUUGACUGCGCACAUGCGGCCGGAAACGCCGAGCUGAAGCUGCACGAGUGGGGAGUGGACUUCGCCUGUUGGUGCUCCUACAAGUAUCUGAACUCCGGUGCUGGAGGUCUGGCCGGUGCGUUCAUCCACGAGAAACAUAAAGACACCAUCAAACCUGCGCUGCUGGGAUGGUGGGGACACGACCUGAAGACUCGGUUCAAGAUGAACAACGUGUUGGAGCUGCAGCCUGGAGUGAGCGGCUUCAGACUGUCGAACCAGCCCAUCCUGCUGGUCUGCCCCCUGCAGGCCAGCCUGGAGGUGUUCAACCAGACCAGUAUGCAGGCACUGUGCAGGAAGUCCCUCCUGUUGACAGGUUACCUGGAGUACCUGUGUCAGCAUUAUUUCUCUGAGGACUCCACCCAGCCCGACAAACCUUACGUCCACAUCAUCACACCCUCUGACCCGCAGCAGAGAGGCUGUCAGCUCUCACUCUGCUUCUCCAUCCACAUCAAAAAGGUCUUCCAGGAGCUGGAGAAGAGGGGCGUCGCUGUGAGUACAUUUCCACACACUUAGAUGCAGUAUGCACAACAGCUGUG